AUGGAGAGUAAGCACAUCUGUAUGUUACCGGCACCAGCGUGUAUGGACCUGCCGCCAACCGCGGGCUGGCUGCGGUGGCAGCUGUGUAAGAUAGGGAGUUUGAUGUUGCCUUGCGAGUGGCAUUACGGGUCGGCCUUUACUUACGGAGUAGGAAGACCCUGGCCCUGGAGAGAGACAGGCAGAGGAGCUCGGGCUCCUGGCUCGUCUGGCAUCCCUACAGCCCUAUCAAGUGCUACUGGAACAUUAUAUAUCUGUUCCUCAAUAUACUCGCAUUCAUUUACAUGCCGUUCCAAGUAUUCUUCAUUUGUAAGUCCUAACCCAUACGACGCGUUCAUUCUCCUGUGCGACCUGGUAUCAUUCCUGGACAUCUUCACCAGAUUCAUCACGGGCUAUCACGACGAGGACAACAAGCUUAUAGUGUUAGACAAGAAAAUAAUCGCUAAGGAAUACGUCCGGGGUACUUUUGUAUUUGACUUGAUCGGAGCGUUGCCGUUACAAGUGUAUCAGCCUCAUCAGAACUGUCAGUUCCCGACUCACACUGUCAUGUUCGUGUUCAAGCUGGCGAGGCUGCCGUCUCUACGCAUUAAGUGGCUGGAGAUGUUUCAACAACUGAGUCUGUCGUACGUGACAACGGUCGCCAUCGCGGUUGUAGUCCGAGCUCUCCUCUUCUUCCACUGGAUGACAUACAUCCACUACCAGGUGCCGGCGUUCUUCUCUCACUACUACAACCGUGACACAGUCUGGGCCAAGCGAUUCCACAUGCAGAUACCGAACGAGGCGAUCUUCCAGGUGUACACUACUAACUUGUAUUGGGUGUGCGGGAUAUGCGUCGGUGCCGGAUAUUUCAGCCCGGUCGACGAUUAUAUUAUACCAGAUCUAUUGCUAACUACAACCAUCGGUAUUAUCGGUCUGCUAUUCCUUAUAUAUUCAUUCACAACUCUGCUUCGUCUGUUCAUAUACGGACAACACGAUAAAUACUUGUACAACGGGAGACUGAAGGACCUCGAAGAAUAUAUGAAGUUGAAACGAAUACCGAAGAGUUUAUUUCGUAAAAUACUGUUAUUCUUAAACUAUAAAUUCCACGGUACAUAUUUUAACGAGGAGGCCAUACUGAAUACUAUAAACGAACAGAUCAAACAGGACAUUAACAUGCACUUCUGUAAGAAGCUGGUCACAAACAUACCGAUCUUCCAGGAUAUGCCCGUGGCGUUCGUUAAUACAAUCAUAUUUAAUUUAACGCACGCACUGUACAUGCCGGGGGAGAUCGUGGUGUCGUGCGGGGAGACCGUCAACUGUCUGUACAUGAUCUCGUCAGGGACGGUCUCUAUUCUGAAUUCUGUUGGGAAGGAGUUAACUCAUCUCCGAGACGGCGCGUACUUCGGCGAGGACGCUCUCUACGACCCUGACAAGAUAAGGACCACGACUGUACUUACUCUGGAGAUUACUGAGAUGUACAAGUUAAGUAACGAGUCGUACCGCUCGUGCAUCCGUCCCUACCCGCACCUGGACGACCGGCUGAGAGCCAGCUCCGUGUACACCAGCAGACCCAACAUACGGACACGGAAAUACGACUAG